CCCGCGCAGUUGCCGGCUGUCGCCUCCCGGGGCUGCGGAGAGCCCGGCCGGCGAGCGUCCCCGCCCUGCGCGCUCCCUUUCCCUCGUGAGCUGCGCCACAAGGGCGUCGCGGCUGCCCCGGCCAGGGAAAGCGAAACCAAAGCGCGCCUUCCACUCCCCAUCGGCCGGCCGGGGGCAGUGGGGCCGCGCUUGUCCGGCCGCGGAGCCGGGAGCCAGGCGCAUCGGCCGGGCCGCAGGCGCCCGAGGGUCCCGGGUCUUCCGGCCGCUACUGCGGCGGCGCCUCCCUCCCUCCCUGUUUCCCGUCCAGUCGCCGGCCGCCGGGCCCGUGAGCGGUGCGCGGAAUGGGCAGGUGCUGCUUCUACGCGGUGGGGACGCUGUCUCUGCUUCUGCUGGUGACCAGUGUCACGCUGCUGGUGGCCAGAGUCUUCCAGAAGGCCGUGGACCAGGCGAUCGAGAAGAAUAUUGUGUUAAGGAAUGGCUCGGAGACCUUUGAGUCCUGGAGGAAGCCCCCUCUGCCCGUGCACACCCAGUUCUAUUUCUUCAAUGUCACCAAUCCAGAGGAGGUCCUCAGAGGGGAGACCCCUCGGUUGGAAGAAGUGGGGCCCUACACCUACAGGGAACUCAGAAACAAAGAAGAUAUUCAAUUUGGAGAAAACGGAACAACAAUAUCUGCCGUGAGCAACAAGGCCUAUGUUUUUGAACGAGAUAAAUCUGUUGGAGACCCUAAAGUUGACUUACUUAGAACAUUAAAUAUUCCUGCACUGACCGCCAUGGAAUGGGCCAAGCUACCCUUUCUCCACGAGCUCAUCGAGGCCCUGUUGAAGGCGUAUCAGCAGAAGCUCUUUGUGACCCACACGGUGGAUGAAUUGCUUUGGGGCUACAAAGAUGAGAUCUUAUCCCUCAUCAACACUUUAAAACCUGACAUCUCUCCCUAUUUUGGCCUGUUCUAUGGGAAAAAUGGGACUAAUGAUGGAGACUAUGUUUUUCUAACUGGAGAAGACAAUUACCUUAACUUUUCCAAGAUUGUGGAAUGGAAUGGAAAAACGUCACUUGACUGGUGGACAGCAGACGAGUGCAAUAUGAUCAACGGAACAGACGGAGAUUCUUUUCACCCAUUAAUCACCAAAGACGAAAUCCUUUAUGUCUUCCCAUCUGAUUUUUGCAGGUCAGUAUAUAUAACUUUCAGUGACUUUGAGAGCGUACAGGGACUGCCUGCCUUGAGGUUUAAGGUGCCUGCAGAAAUAUUAGCCAAUACCUCAGACAACGCUGGCUUCUGUAUACCUAAAGGAAACUGCCUGGGCUCAGGAGUUUUGAAUGUCAGCGUCUGCAAGAACGGUGCACCUAUUAUUAUGUCUUUCCCACACUUCUACCAAGCAGAUGAGAAGUUUGUUUCUGCCAUAGAAGGCAUGCACCCAAAUAAGGACUAUCAUGAGACAUUUGUGGACAUUAAUCCUUUGACUGGAAUUAUCCUAAGAGCAGCCAAGAGGUUCCAAAUCAACGUUUAUGUCAAAAAAUUAGACGACUUUAUUGAAACGGGAAAUAUUAGAACCCUGGUUUUCCCAGUGAUGUAUAUCAAUGAGAGUGUUCUCAUUGAUAAAGAGACUGCAAGUCGACUGAAGUCUGUGAUUAACACUACUCAGAUCAUCACCAACAUACCCUACAUUAUCAUGGCGCUGGGUGUGUUCUUUGGUCUGAUCUUCACCUGGCUCGCGUGCAGAGGACAGGGAUCCAUGGACGAGGGAACUGCAGACGAAAGAGCACCUCUCAUACGAACCUAAGCUAACCAUGGGCUGCGCCUGGGGAAGGAAGCGUGCGAGCUGUCGUGACCUGGACCACGACAGUGGGGCAACUGUCUGCAUCCUCACAGGCUUGUCAACUGGUGCGAGAGGGAGGAGACCCCGUGCCUGCGUGUGUUCAGCACCUUCUGGCAGAGGUUCAAGAACAGGCUGACCUGGUUGGCCAUCAGGAUCCUGUGGUCCCUGACAAAUUGUUUUUCAUGUGUCUAGCAAGUAUUUAAUAAACUCUGGUGUAGUAAUUUUUUUGUUGUUGGGUGCUGGUAGCUCCAGAAUUUUGUGACCACUGUCGUGGUUAUAAUGUCUGUGCCUCACUUGUUAACACUACUUGGUCUAACCUUAUUCACUACUCUUCAUUCACCAAACUUUGUGCUCAAAAUACAUAAAUACUAUUUGAUGUUGUAUUCCUCCAUUCAUUUCAUCCACAAAACAGAAGUAAAUAAGAUUUGGGGAUGCAGGGUAAAAUGGUAAGCCUCAUUCGAUAUCAUUCAAAUGCAUCUAAUUUCCUCUUUUGAAAAGGUGCAUAUUGCAUUUCUUUUCUUUUCUUUUUUUUUUUUUUUUUUUGCUGUACGCGGGCCUCUCACUGUUGUGGCCUCUCCCGCUGCAGAGCACAGGCUACGGACGCACAGGCUCAGCCGCUCCGCGGCAUGUGGGAUCUUCCCGGACCGGGGCACUAACCCGUGUCCCCUGCAUCGGCAGGUGGACUCUCAACCCCUGCGCCACCAGGGAUGCCCCAUAUUGCAUUUCUUGCUAAUCUUCAGUUCAUAAUUCCUCCAGGAAAAUAAUUCAGACAGCUUUCAUACAGGGUAGGAAUCAAGCAGGGAAGGGGUUUGUGGAGGUGGUACCCGUGAGCUGAUAGUGACAAGCACCUGAGGAUUUUUGACUUGUACUUUUGUGAAUUGAGAGAAUGCAUAAAUGAUGUUGGUGAGGACAAGUACAGAUAUUUCAUAUAGAAUAGAAUGCUAGUUAUGACAUUUGUGGGUAGUUUGUUAUUUUUUUAGUCCAAAUGAUCUUGAUGUGGAAAGAUGUUUCUGGGAGAAGGUAAUCAGUAACUGAUUUUUUUCCCCAAUCACCCUUGCCAAAUGUGACUGUUACAAUACAAUUACAAUACUAUUGAGUGAUUAUUUGUAAAAUGAUUUCUAAAUAUAGGAAAUCCAUCUCUCCACAGCCUAAGGUACACUUAAAUUUCAGGAAGUCUGACUACACUAAAGAGACAUUUCUUCUAGGGCAGUCUUCUUGGUAACUUUGAAAUUGUUUUUAUAAGUUGUUCUUUUCUCAGAUUCAGUUCCUUCUGAUGUUUUGUGGCUCACUGUCACUCACUGAAUAGAGAAAAAUGUGCCCUACGCUUCCUGUGACAAUCAUUUUGCUGACAGAGUGAUGGUGUUUUAAAAUAUUGCACAGAAAGUGCAUUUAAGAAAAGUCCCUUGGGACCAGAAGCAGAGCCACCUCUCUGCAGAAGACCUCUUGGCUUUCAGUGUAACCUACGUCAGGAUUGGGAACCAUCAGCUGUCACAGAAUUCAAGCAUAUUUAAGGGCAGUUUCUUUGAUUCUUAACGUUCACUAUUCAUUUUUGAUUGAGAAACCUGUACAGUUAAUAUGGCAAAGUGCACAGAUAAUGUCUUAACAACUGAAUCAUUCUGCAGGAUUUUUUGUUUAAAACUGGGUUUCAGUGUAAGCAAAUGAAAGAAAAAAAGCCACAGUUUCACAAAUACAACUUCUGAUCCCUGUAUGGAGGUAAUAAAUCAUUUCGUUUCCUUGCCUCAAUUUUCCUACUCUCUACCCUAAAGCAAUUUGUAAUGUUUCCCUUUUUGAAGGGGCAGUUCAUUAAACUCUCAAUUUCUCUAUAAAUUAAGAUAGAACCUAUAGAUACCCCAAAUCACCGAAAUGUGAAAAGCUAAAUUGAAGAUAUUUUGUCUUCAAUAAUGCCAAAUAUCUAGAUUUUUAAAAAUUUAUCAGUAUUUAACUAGAUAAUUGGCACAUCUUAUUCUGUUAUGCACCCAUUUAUUCACAUUAAUAAAACUGAUAAGUCAGUGCGUACCCACUGAUUCAUUCUCUUACCAGAAUAUAAUCAUCUGUGAGGAAGAAAUUUUUAAAUACUAUGAGUGAUAAUAUUACAGUUAAUGAUGUACACCUUUUGAUUGAAUCCCACACAGUCAGGGAGGCCAAAAGCAUAAUAUUUUCCUAUGAUUCUUAAUAGUUACUUGGCUUAAAAAUCACAUUUGAUAUUUUCCUUCUGAAAAAUCUGUGGCAAACCCAUACACUGCAGUCAAGAUCAUAGAUUGGUUAAGAAGAAUGAAUGUACCUAUUUGGUUUUAGGUUGAAAUAACAAACAGUUCCUCAUGGUCAUUUUUGUGGAGCUAUUAUCCUAGAAAGGUCCCCAAAAGCUUUGUGAUUGUCACAAUCAAAGAAUACGGUGUCCUGUACUAUGAUACUCAGUUUAGGAGAAACCAAACAGAGAGAGGUUACCUCACUUCUCUCAGGGAAGAUCAGGAGUUGAACACAGGACAGGAGAUGGUCUUUGCCACAUUCAGCUCCAGGCUUUUCCCACUAGACUUUAUUCUAGAAAGCUCACUAAUGGUCAGGCAGACCAAGUACUACACAACUAACCUUUAUCGGGGUUUUUACUUAAGAGAGGCUAAUUUUUUAUUUCAGUUGCUCAAGAUAAGAGUUCUGUAAAAGGUGCCCGCCAUCCUUGGCCCUCUGGGCAUUAUCACUAGGAUUAAUUGCUUGUGGCUGUUAAAUGCUGAGCAGAAUGUUCUUCCUAUAGUUUAUACCGCUGGUUCCUUUCAUGUGAUUCUUGACAUGUUUAUUUCUACCCUUAAUGCAAUGAAAUAUUUCACUAAUAAAAAAACUUUCUAUGAAA